UACCAGUAUAAUUCGUUUCUGAGAAGCAACGAGACUUGACCAUGCCUGAGCCAGCAAAGCCUGCGCCCAAGAAGGGCUCCAAGAAAGCCGUUUCCAAGACCGCCGUAAAGGGCGGCAAGAAGCGCAGAAAGUCCAGGAAGGAGAGCUACGCCAUCUACGUGUACAAGGUACUGAAGCAGGUUCACCCUGACACCGGCAUCUCAUCCAAGGCCAUGGGAAUCAUGAAUUCCUUCGUCAACGAUAUUUUCGAGCGAAUUGCCGGAGAGUCAUCUCGCCUGGCUCACUACAACAAGCGAUCAACCAUCACCUCCAGGGAGAUCCAGACCGCCGUCCGCCUGCUGCUCCCCGGUGAGCUGGCCAAGCACGCCGUGUCCGAGGGAACUAAGGCUGUGACCAAGUACACCAGCUCCAAGUAAACGGGCUCUCCUUCAAAUUCACCCCAAAGGCUCUUUUAAGAGCCACCCACUGGUCUAUAAGCGAGAAAUCCAUCACAUGUAUUUAAUUUUCUGCUUGUAAUAGAUAUGAACCAAUUUAACCUUUGUGGACAGGUUAUUCUACUCUUCUUCACAGCCAAAAGCGUAUACUGGUAUUUCCCGACGCCACCUUUUUUGAACGCCAUUCGCUUUGAUUAUUUUUUCCUAAUAUGAUUCAAGAUUACGGACCACUGUUGAAUAGGCACCGAUUGCUGAGUUGACAUGGGAUACUUGUUUUGUCAUUGUAAUGAUUCGAUAUGUGCCUGUUUAAUAUUUACCUAACGUUUUUGCCCAAAGCUACCUAAUGUACGAAUGUAGCAUACGAACGUAGGCUGCUGCAGAACACCUCGGAUCAUAACAGAAUUUCCGUGGUCAGUCAAGGAAUGGGCGGAUUGACCAGCUACAUCGCAAGUAUCCACAUCAGCUACCAGGCGCGGUGAACAAACCAAAUACUGUACGACAGUGUAAACAAAGUCUCAAUAGCUUAAGCACAGCGCAACAAUCUCAAUAACAAUAAUGUAGGCUAUGAUGAACAUACUAUACCACAGUGCAAUAGUAACUUCCCGAUUCCUCAACAACAAUCUUAAUGUCAUACUGUAACGGAGUGAGAAGCGCGAAACUCACUCCUCGGGUAUGUAAAAGGACACCCGCGUCAAAGAGGCAGCGUUGCCAACUUAGCGACUUUUCAGACCCCUUUGGCGACUUUUUUUCAAAAAAGCGACAAGCGACAAAUCUAGCUUCUUUUCUGGAGUUAUUGGCGACUUUGAGGUGAAAACACGUAUCGCUAUGACUCUUCACAACGAGCAGCGGGUGCCUGCGCGGCCCCUCCCUUCCCCGUUUCCAAGCACUUACAGGCGGCUUCAUUCCUCGCGCAGAAGUCCCUCCCAGCUGUCUCCUGUUAGCAGGUUAGCAGGAGCUAACAGGAGACGUUCACGGC